AUGCCUGUCUACGUACUCACCGGCGCCAAUAGAGGCCUCGGUCUCGAAUUCGUGCGUCAACUCUCCGCAAACAGCAACAACAAGAUAAUAGCAGCCGUACGCUCCCUUUCUAACGACUUGACCGAUUUGAAAGCUCUCAACGACAGCAACAAAAACAUUCAUAUCUUAGAAUGCGAUACUGGCGACGUAAACAGUAUAACAUCUUUUGUACAAGCUUGUGCAAAUUUACUCUUCGACGACGGCCAGAAAAUCGACUUUUUACUCAACAACAGUGGCAUCAAUGAUGUGCCUGAGCAAACUUCUCUGUCUAUUGGUGAAGAGGAUUUGGCAAGACACAUCAGCAUCAACGUCCUCGGUCCCGCAAAAACAGUCCAAGCCUUCCACGCCUCCUCCCUCCUAUCCCCCAAUGUCAGAAUCCUAAACAUGACAUCAGGACUCGGUAGCAUGGAAAAAUCGGCAACCAUGACACCUAGAAAAUGCACAACUUAUAGUAUCAGCAAAGCUGCUCUGAAUAUGCUUACUGUGCAUCAAGGCGAGGAGUUGCGGGAGAAAGGUUUGCCGGGUGCGGUGGUGAUUUGUAUGGAUCCUGGGUGGGUGAAGACGAGGAUGGGUGGGGAGGAUGCUUUGAUAGAGGCGGAGGAGAGUAUCGGUGGUAUGUUGCGGGUGUUGCAUGGAUUGAGCAAGGAGGAUACGGCGAGUUUUUGGACAUAUAGUGGGGAAAAGGUGCCGUGGUAG